GGUUCAAAAGUCACCAUGAGGCUGUAAAGCCAUACAUGAUACAGCAGUACCUAUAAUUUAUACAUGGGUGGAGUGGACAUGAAAGAUAAAUCCAUCUAUCACAUAUCAUGCUCGCAGACCACCACUCGCUAUUGGAAAAAAAUCUUUUAUAAUCUCCUUGACAUGGCAAUUUUUGACUCCUUCAUCUUAUUUAAAAACCACAGACAAGCCUAUGCCUAGAAGAAAAUUUGUGAUGGUUCUAAUUGAUGAACUCACAAGAACAGGAAUUGUUUACCCUCAAAACGCAGUUGGUAGACAACUAAAAUUAUCUUUUUCACACGAAUGCUAAUAACUGUGUUAUGCCUAAGCCUCUUAUAACUAACUACUCGUUAAUUUCUUAUCCUCCCCCAUCCAGAAACUAUGAUUUCCACAGUCCCAUAAAGAUUGAAGUCAGGACUAAUUAAUUGAGAUAUAUAACCUGAAUUGAAACAAGUUAAUCAUUUUUAUGUAUGGUUCAUCAGAGCCCAAAAUGUUUUUCUGGAAAUGUUAAGUGUAAGUUACUGCACUAUUUGAAGAAAUUGUCAAGAGUAGUAUUAGACCAUUUAAGUCAAAUGGGUUAUAAAGUAAACAUUACCCAUAUUUGAAUUUUUUUAAUGCAUUUAGGAAUGAAUUUUUUGUGAUAAACAUUUGAAAAACCACUGAUAUCACCUGUAUUAAUUAAUUUCAGUAGGCAUACAUUACCAUUACAGAAUAUUAAAGGUAAUGAAAUGUUGAAAAUGUGAAUUUAUAUCUUUGGUUAACAUAUGAUAUAAGAGUACUAGAAUUUGAGAAAUAAAGUAGUUAUUAAGCUCUUGAACUUCACACAAGUAAGAAGAUUAUUUGAGUGAUACCAUGAGCGCUCAAGCACACAUAUUUUAUAGAAAUAACUAAAUUCAAAAUGAUUGGCUGAAGAAGGAAAUGUUAAUGAAUGGAAAGAUCUUUAGCCAAGGCAACAUACGAUUUAAAUGGCACGCUUUUGUAAAGUGAAUAUUCUAAUUAUACAUAAUUGUGAUGCAGUUCCCCAAAAACAGAUGGCUGAACUGGAUGAGCUUGUAAUCGCCAAAAAAUUUGCUCUCUUCAUGGACAAUCUUCAAGACUGGCCUUCAUAUGAUCUAUCGGACAGUGCUAUCAUGGAUUGGUUUGGCCGCACUCUCUAUGGACGAGAUGCCAUAGUCUCAUUUAUGAAGACAUAUGUCCCAAAAAUGCACCACACAAUAGAGAGUGUCACUAAGAUCCCUCCCAUCAGCCAUCGAUCACUGCAGCGAAGUGAGGCACCUGUCCGAACACAAAGCCCUGUCAGACCUUCCCCGUCAGACCGCGAGAGCUGCAAAACACCUGAGAAUAUGAUUCGUCCCAACCUGCAGGACCUGAUGAGAGCACCUUCACGUAGGAGAAAAAAGAUCUUUUGCGUGGGAAGUGAGGAAUGGCAGUUUGCUGAAAUUAGGGGAAGGCUACACUUUGAAGAGAUGCAGCACAAUGAAGUUGGACCUAGGGAAAAGAUGGUCCAACGGAUUGUGUUGGGUUACACAGAUCAAAUCCAUUUCAUUGUCUACGAGGGUAAAGUUUUUUGUAGGAAGAAGCUAUUUUCACUGUCCAACACAUAAAAUAAGUAAUUUUUAUGUUUAUUAAGUUUUCUACUAUUGUUGUAAACAUUUUAUUAUUCUUUUUGUUAAAUUUAAUGUAUCUAAUGUAUUUUUGUUAUUGUUACAAUUAUGUUUACCAGUAAGUGAUUAGUUUUCUCCAAUUAAUUGUUUUUACCAGUAAGAAAUUAUUUUAUUUUCCAAUAUUUUUUGUAGCACAUAAAUAAUAUUUUAAUAAGUGUAUAUUUCUUUAAUGAUUAUGAAUUUGAUUAUUUUAACACAAAGGUGUGUUUAUCAGAUCAAUGUAAUUGAAGCAUGUUGCCAAUUCUUUAGACUGUGAUAAGUGAUCUCUGUAUUGUAAAAAUGUAGGCCUUAAAAUCUUACUGU